GCAUCUCCAAUACAUCUUGGAUCACUCUUGCUCUCUUGUGGAUCUUCAAUUGAGGUCAGCAGCCAACUCAAGAUGUCUCAAACCCAACUGGAAGAAGCCUGUGAGACUAUCAUAAACGUUUUCCACCAAUAUUCUCUGCGUGAUGGGAAUUCCCUCAGCGAAAUGGAGAUGGCUGAGCUGAUGAAAAAGGAGCUUCCAAACUUCCUGAAGGAGAAAAAGAACCCAAAGGCCAUUGAUGAAAUGUUCAAUGAUCUGGACAAGAACAAAGAUGCCGUGCUCAGCUUUGAUGAAUUCCUAGUCUUAGUCCAGAGGGUGCUAUUUUCUGCCAAUGAACACAAUUCAUGA